CAGCAGCGGCAGCAGCAGCAGCAGCAGCUGCGAGUGCGCGCGUGCGGGUGUGCGGGUGAGUGCGCUGGCGCCGGCCGCAGCGCCCUGCCCAGCCCCCGCCUGCCGGAGCCGCCCUCCCGUGGGACCAGCACCCUCAUCCCGGCCAGGCUCGGACCAUGGUGCAGUCCCACUGGCUCCCCUGCCCCCCUCUCCUGUGAGACUGGCUGCGGGGAGGGAUCAUGGAUACUUGUCUGCCGGCUUCUGGUCCCCACGCAAGUAAGCCUGCUGUCAAUGGAGGAGGACAUUGAUACCCGCAAAAUCAACAACAGUUUCCUGCGCGACCACAGCUAUGCGACCGAAGCUGACAUUAUCUCUACGGUAGAAUUCAACCACACGGGAGAAUUACUAGCGACAGGGGACAAGGGGGGUCGGGUUGUAAUAUUUCAACGAGAGCAGGAGAGUAAAAACCAGGUUCACCGCAGGGGUGAAUACAAUGUUUACAGCACAUUCCAGAGCCAUGAACCCGAGUUCGAUUACCUGAAGAGUUUAGAAAUAGAAGAAAAAAUCAAUAAAAUAAGAUGGCUCCCCCAACAGAACGCAGCUUACUUUCUUCUGUCUACUAAUGAUAAAACGGUGAAGCUAUGGAAAGUCAGCGAGCGGGAUAAGAGGCCAGAAGGCUACAACCUGAAGGAUGAGGAGGGCCGGCUCCGGGACCCUGCCACCAUCACAACCCUGCGGGUGCCUGUGCUGAGACCCAUGGACUUGAUGGUGGAGGCCACCCCACGAAGAGUAUUUGCCAACGCACAUACCUAUCACAUCAACUCCAUAUCAGUCAACAGCGACUAUGAAACCUACAUGUCUGCUGAUGACCUAAGGAUUAACCUAUGGAACUUUGAAAUAACCAAUCAAAGUUUUAACAUCGUGGACAUCAAGCCGGCCAACAUGGAGGAGCUCACGGAGGUGAUCACGGCGGCCGAGUUCCACCCCCACCACUGCAACACGUUCGUGUACAGCAGCAGCAAAGGGACAAUCCGGCUGUGUGACAUGCGGGCGUCGGCCCUGUGUGACAGGCACACCAAGUUUUUUGAAGAGCCGGAAGAUCCAAGCAACAGAUCAUUUUUCUCUGAAAUUAUCUCUUCGAUUUCGGAUGUCAAGUUUAGCCACAGUGGGAGGUAUAUCAUGACCAGGGACUAUCUCACCGUUAAAGUCUGGGAUCUCAACAUGGAAAAUCGCCCCAUUGAGACCUACCAGGUGCAUGACUACCUCCGCAGCAAGCUGUGCUCCCUCUACGAAAACGACUGCAUUUUUGAUAAAUUUGAGUGUGUGUGGAACGGAUCAGACAGUGUCAUCAUGACGGGCUCCUACAACAACUUCUUCAGGAUGUUCGACCGCAACACCAAGCGUGACGUGACCCUGGAGGCCUCGAGGGAAAACAGCAAACCCCGGGCCAUCCUCAAACCCCGCAAAGUGUGUGUGGGAGGCAAGCGGAGAAAAGACGAGAUCAGCGUCGACAGUCUGGACUUUAGCAAAAAGAUCUUGCAUACAGCUUGGCAUCCCUCAGAAAACAUCAUAGCAGUGGCGGCUACCAAUAACCUAUAUAUAUUCCAGGACAAGGUUAACUAGGAGGACAAGUCAUUACGUAAUUAUCUCACAUACUGAAUACUAGUCCAACGAGUUUUUACAUGUUUCUUUGGGUCUUCAUUUGAUGCAUUGACUUUAAUUUCCCUAAGCAGAAAACAAUUGGAAUAGCAUUAAAAGGAGUUCAACUUUCCCAGCACCCCAGUCCUGAGAAACUUUUGUCAAAUCCAAUAGGUUUGGGACACUUCUGUGUAGAGUCGAGAGCUGCCGGCUAACAGACUGGAAUUUCGGAUGCUUUUAUUGCCCAGUUUUCUCCUGUGGGUCCAGUGUUUUGUUUCUAGGUGUCUGCUGCGAUACAAUAAGGUUGUCUGUAGUAUUUAAGGAGAAAAGAGGUACUUUUUGUUUUUUUAAGUAAGCGAUUCCACUUGAUUGAAAAAAACCGAAACAAAAAAUAAACACCGUUUACUCUUA